AUGUUCACCACUACGAACGUCUGGUCGGUUCUGACCGGCCUCUUGGCUUUGUCUUCUACGGCAUCUGCCUCCAACACCUCCCAAACAAACUGUCGAUGCUUCCCUGGAGAAGCAUGCUGGCCGUCCUCAAAGGUCUGGUCUGCUUUCAACCAGACGAUUGACGGUCGACUGGUUGCUACGAUCCCACUGGGAACUCCCUGCCAUGCGCCCAACUAUGAUGCUGCUACAUGCGAGGCUCUAAAGGCACAAUGGCAGCUUCCGGAGCUACACUAUGAAUCGUCCUCGUCGAUCAUGGCCCCCUUCUUCACCAAUGGCACUUGCGACCCGUUCCACCCCGUCUCCAAGCCGUGCACGCUGGGCAACUACGUUGUCUACGCGGUCAACGUGAGCAAACCCGAGCAUAUCUCCAAGGCCAUGCAGUUCGCCACGAAACACAACAUCCGCGUCGUCGUCCGCAACACCGGCCACGACUACAACGGCAAGUCCACCGGGGCCGGCGCCCUGGGGAUCUGGACGCACCACCUCAAGGACAUCGAGAUCAAGGACUGGUCCGACACGCACUACAAGGGCAAGGCGAUCAAGCUGGGCGCCGGCGUGCAGGGCAUCGAGGCGUAUCGGGCCGCCGACGCGCAGGGACUCGAGGUCGUCGGCGGCGAGUGUCCGACCGUCGGUCUGGCGGGCGGCUACACCCAAGGCGGUGGCCACUCGGCGCUGGCGUCGCGGCACGGACUGGCGGCUGAUCAGGUUCUCGAGUGGGAGGUGAUUGACGGGCAGGGCAACUUCAUCGUGGCCAACCGCGACAACGAGUACGCGGACCUCUACUGGGCGCUGAGCGGUGGCGGCGGCGGCACGUACGGGGUGGUCUGGUCGAUGACGUCCAAGGCACAUGCUGGGACGCCGGCCUCGGGGCUGAACUUGACCUUUACCAAUGCCGGCAUCUCGCAGGAUACGUUCUACGAGGCGGUGGCGCUGUAUCAUUCGACGCUGCCGGCGAUCGUCGACGCCGGCGCCAUGAGCGUCUGGUACUUUACCAACACCAGCUUCUCUAUCUCGCCGCUGACGGGGCCUAACAUUCCUGUGGCCAAGCUGCAGGAGCUGGUGAAGCCGUUCACGGACGGGCUGACCAAGCUGGGGAUCAAGUAUACCACCUAUUCGGCGCAGUUCGACAGCUAUCUGGCGGAAUUCGAGGCCAUGCAGAGCCCCAUCGAGGUCGGCAUCGCGCAGUACGGCGGCUGGCUGAUCCCGCGGUCCAUCGUGCAGACCAACAACGCCGAUCUGACGGCUGCAUACCGGGCCAUCACGUCCGACGGGGCGACCUUCAUCGGCGUGGGAGUCAACGUCUCGACCGCGGUCGCCGGCGACGUCUACAACGCGGUGCUGCCCGCCUGGCGCGACACGCUGAUCGACACCGUCAUCACAACCCCCUGGAACUGGACCGCUCCGACGGCCGACAUGAUCGCGCUGCAGCACAAGAUGACGGACGAAUACAUUCCCCGGCUGGAGGCGUUGGCGCCGCAGUCAGGGGCGUAUCUCAACGAGGCGGACUUCCGGCAGCCCGAUUUCAAGACGGCGUUUUAUGGAAAAAAUUAUCAGAAGCUGCGGGCCGUCAAGGCCAAGUAUGAUCCGAAGAGCAUGUUUUAUGGGACUACGGCGGUGGGAUCGGACGAGUGGACCGUCACGUCGAAUGGACACUUGUGCAAGGCGAAGCCAUAG